AUGCUCUACGGUCGCAAACUAAAAUUUGCACUGAAUGUCCUCAUUCCAUUCAUCUUCAUCCACAUAAAAAACGCUGCGUUAUCCUAUUACCUCAAAAAAUGCAAGCCUGCUCGCGAGCCUCUUUUCCGAACUAUCAACACAGCAGCCGAUUUUAUAAUUAUGUCCCUUUCGUUCAUUGGCGGCGUAUUCGUGUACCGUAAGUUGUUUAUCAGGGAUUUUAAGUUCAUUAAUCGGAACAGAAUGCUUUGUAUGCUGGCUCUUUCGUUUGCGCUCGUCCUUACUUUUGUUAAGCUGCGCAUGCACCGUUUGUUUUUCUCCGAGUACCGGAUAUGUCUAAACGCACGAAAAAGGUUGAUAGAGUACUGUGAGAUGUUUUUCGAGAAAAUUGUGAUGUUUCCAUGUCUUGACGAGCUCGUGUUCCGCAAGUAUCUCUUCGGUGAUAUAAAAGGAGACAAAUGUUUCAAUAAUAAUGUGAGGGAAAAAUCCGUUCGGAACACAACAUACGUGCUCCUUUUUGCACUUUUUAAUUCCGUUGUCUACGGACUGACAUACUGUGCAAUUUUUGGGUUUAAUUACGACAAUUUAUUUCAGUUUUUUUCGUAUGGAAUGUGUUUGUGCAUAGUUUAUGAUGUUACGUGUUUUUCGGUUUGUUUAGCCGUAAGGAUGUGUUAUGGUGUUAUAUCUGCGUUUGGAGAGGUUGUCUUCAUUUAAUGCCAAUCAUACGAUAAUAAUUUAAAUAAAACAUAUUGUUAGGCUGU